CGACUGGCACCUAUCCGUGCUUGAAUAAUCCUUUAAGAAGCGACUGUAUUCUUCGUAAGCAGUGUUAAAGAGAACAAUCAGCUUCUUGCCGCAGCAGAGUGUAAAGAUGACAACUACCAAACCAUUAAUUGAGGGAUUCAGUGACCUGGAAGUGUUUGCAUUGGGGGCCGUUCUAUUACUGGAAGCUCUCCUUGGACUACUCCUGAAUGCGAUAACAAUUUUGUCCUUUUACAAGAUAAAAGAAGUCCGGACACCAAGUAAUCUUCUAAUAGCCAGCUUGGCUGUAUCCGACUCUGGAAUUUGCUUGAAUGCAUUCGUAGCUGCUUUCUCAACCUUUCUAAGGCACUGGCCUUAUGGAUCUGAAGGUUGCCAGAUUCAUGGUUUCCACGGAUUUCUAGCAUCCCUGGCCAGCAUUAAUGCAUGUGCAGCCAUUGCCUGGGACAGAUACCACCUGAGCUGCAGCAGGUCAAGACUACAAUGGAGGAGUACAGUAACUGUUCUAUCGAUUGUCUGGGGAUUUGCUGGAUUCUGGGCUACUAUGCCAUUGUUGGGGUGGGGUAAAUAUAACUACGAACCAUUGAGAACUUGCUGCACUUUGGACUACUCUGGUGACAGAAAUUUUGUCUUAUUCUCCAUUCCAAUGGCAUUAUUCGAAUUUGUCCUCCCACUUCUCAUCUUGGUAACUUCUUACCAAUCGUGUGCAAAUAAAUUCAAGAAAACUGGUCAAGUCAAGUUUAAUACUGGAUUGCCUUGUAAAACCCUACUAAUUUGCUGGGGACCUUAUAGCCUGUUGUGCCUGUAUGCUGUUGUUGAAAAUGCUACUGCCUUAUCUCCACAACUGAGAAUGCUUCCUGCAAUCCUUGCAAAGACAUCCCCUGUAGCCAAUGCCUUCGUCUAUGCUCUAGGGAACCCAAACUACAGAGGAGGGAUCUGGUCCUUCCUGACAGGACAGAAAAUGGAACCCAUUGAAAUGGAUGGAAAAUUUAAAUAAAUAAAAUACAACUGUUUAUAGAACAAUUGUUGGAACAUGAACUGAAGGCAAAGAGAAGCUGUCGAUCCAAUUUGUAUAUCAAAUUAUUUCCACUCUAGAAACAUUGUGCCAUGUACAAACAAGAGGUUAGAAUGAAUGUACUGGUAGUUUAUAGUAACACUUGAAUAUGCACGUACUGCUUUUGACUCCCAGCCUUAAGUUACUAAAACAUUUACAAUGACUGUUCUGUA